AUGACCACCACAUACAACUUUUCUAACAAACUGGAGGGAGAUGAGGGUUGGUAUGAUGGCUUUGAGCCACAUAAAGUGGACUUAUCUUCCCUCAAACGGAAGAGUAUGUUACAGCUUCGAGCUCGUGCCUGGACACUUCACCAGUACCAGACUUUCUCCCAGGAUGUUGUCUGUGGACUCAUGUUCUGGUGUGCUGGCAGGGAGAAGCCCACCCACAUUCAUUCUCGUCCCGAUGCGCAACUGAACUUUUUUAUCUCUGGUGGUGUGGAGAUUCCCCAUUUGGGACUCAAUUUGCGUCUGAGAUACAAAGACGAUCCGACAUCGAAAAAAGAUCAGUAUCUGAAACUUGCCAUCAUAUGGACCGUGUGGGACGGAAGUGACCUGCAUCAGAGAGAGAUAACAACCACUCCGGAACGGGCAAGCGGCCCCGGAACAGAGGACCAUACCUUCUCCGCCAGACUGCGUCAAGUUAACCUCACACCAAUAAGCCUCACGGAAGCGCAGGCCAGCUCUUGCCAAGGAAAUGCCGGCGCAGAUGGAUACCAGGCUCGCUGGGCAUCCAAGGUUGUCCCCUACGUCUAUGGGUUUGAUGUAGCCAAGUCAUAA